AUGUUAGUACAAAAAGAAGAAACUAAAAGACAAAGAAACACAAAAGACGAGGAAAAUCAAGAAGAGACUUUACUUGGCUUUACUUUUUACAAACACCAAAGAGUCUGUAAAAUCAUGUUUUUGAACACAUUGGGAAUAAACGAAGGAUCUGUUAUUUACUGGAAAAACGAUUCUAAAAAUAAAGUUGAUAAUAGCAAACAACUAGGCUUAAUCGUGAAUAACCAUACUAAAGGUGUCAAGGAUAGGAAAGAAAUGUUGAUAGAAUUUUUUAGAGACUUCCCUAAAAUCGAGUCUGACUAUUGCCGUACUAGGUCGUCUAAAUUUUAUUUAGAUCCUGUUUUUGAAUCGAAAUCCGGCUUUUAUAAGUUUUAUAAGAGCUGGUGUCAUAAAAAAAGUUACACUCCUGUGUAG